AUGUUUUUCCGACCAUUGAUAAUAAGCCAGCUUGGAGCGCAACAUAUUUAUGAAUCGGACUGAAAAGUCAUUGCUACAACGAAAAAACAUCGCCGAAGUAGUCGGUGACCAAACAGACUAAAUAGUCACUGAAAACAUGCCUACUCUCCUAAGUAUUUAGUGAGCAAGGAAUUGCUGUCAAUCGGGGUCGACGUCGAAGCGUUCAGGGACAUGCUGUGGACUCAGAAGACGACUACCUGCAAAAUAUGGAUCAACAGCCUGAUGGCUCUUUCCAAGAUUUUCAAGACGAUGAUCAUUAAGGCUGAGGUUCGCCGAAAUCCAUGAUUGCCCAUUGUGUCCUGCUUCUCCUCUUCUCUAUCUUUCAGUCUUCUCAGGCACUUAUCUCGUCCCGCUUACCAUGCUAUUAGUGUCUGUUCGUUGUUUCUUCCCUCUUCAAUUCUGUGGUAAAAACAAGAAGUUUAAAGCUGUGGUGGUCUCCUUGUUGAAUCUUAACCUGGCUUUUCUCCUACGUCAUGGUCACCGCCAUCUACUUUCUAAAAACAGACCCCUACGCACCCAAUCUUUUUUGAACCUAUCUAUCACUUACGCUUAAAAGAGCCCAGUAUCACUUAACAUUCAGAACUAAGUAAUCUAAAUUUUUACCUAUCCCAUACUUCACACGAGCACAAAACUCUAAGAAGAGACUGCAACAGUGGUCGUCAGUCUGGAAUCACUGUUCCAACAGCGAUGGCGCAGUGCCGUGGAGAAGUUUUUCGGACAACUAGGCGAGGUCGAAACACAGUUUACUUAUGGAAGAAGACUACCAGUUUUUUAUUGACUACUGUUGCUGUAGUUAUUUGAAGUAAGUAUGACAGGAGUGAUUACUACUGUUGUUGUAGUUUUGUAUUUGAAGUUAUAGAGUAAUCGUUCUCAAAUCGAUCCUACCUUUGAAGCGUGUCAAUGAUUGGAGACGCGAUGUAUUAUAUAUGUUCUAUUCUUGGCGCUACAGGAGGAUGUGGAUGAUGAUCGUUCCGAUGUGGAGUCUUCUUCUACGAAAGGUGUCUACGUACUUGUUUGUUGCCGGUCCGUCUAUCAUCUCAUGACCCCUCACAGGAAACAAAGUAGUACUAAGAGACUUUAGACGUCGAGAAUACAUAUAGAGUUCUAAGAACUCGAUGAAUCAAGCGAAAGUGAACAAGCGGCUCGAGAUCUAUCCCUGUUUUUAAGGCUGUUACUAUUUGCAUCUCUCGUCCAAACAAAGUCCACUGCGAAACUGACUAGCAGCCGUGGUUUCUUAACAUUCUGAAACCAACAUCAAGAGUGAUGCGUUGAUGAAUUUCGAUUUUUUGGCAUACUCAUUGUCACUAAGUUUGCUUCUGUAAGUGGCAGUAUGUAAGACGAAGCUCUAAUGUUCGCGAUGGCCAGCUGCUUUCUCCCGCAAUUGAUUUACACAUGGGGGUAUGUGGUCAUCCACAUGAUGCGUUCCGGAGACCGAGAUCUGUCUAGUCUUAUGUCAUGGCGCAGGUGCCUCUUAUCAUGUAGCUAUAAACGUCUACUUUUGAUGACAUGAUAGUCGUAUUCCAAUGGAAGCCUUGUCCUUAAUCAGUGAAAAACCAAUCUAAGUUCUUCCCCAUCGACUCGGAUGCAGAUUACCUGGUUACCUUGUCACGCUCCUACAGCUUGGCGCAACUUCCUCUUAAGAAACUACAUAUUUUUUGACUGAUUGAUGUACCUAUAGGGAUAGGAUGACAUACUUUUUGAUUCAUUGAUGUGCCUACACAUAGGGAUAGGAUGUGAUAGGUUGCCUUUGCCGGGUCUACACGCAUGAGGUAUACCCUACAUGUUUUUGAUCUGAUUCUUGAUCAUCCAUCCUACAUAUUUUUUGAUGGAGCUCGAUGUGAAGGAUCCAUAACGAGAACCUAGCCUAACCAUCCUCUCAAGGUUCUUAAGGUCUGGACAAGAUAAAUAAUCUUCUUGUCAUUGCAUGAGAUGAAGAACUAAAAGAUUAUAUAUUGAGAAACAUGCUCAUAUUGGUUAUUUUCUCUUGGGUAAGCCUAAGCCACGGCAAGGAGUUGGAAAGCGAGAGCGAUCAAUCUAUACGCCUCUACUUUGCUGAAAAAGUAGAGAUGUGCCUGCGGUAGAGGAGGGAUGUGAAAUAGAAGUGAGCAAGUGGCCAUGUGGGAGUCUCUAAUGAUCAAGAGACAACCGAAAUUCUUGAUGCAGCAGUGACAAUGGCACAGAGACUGCAGCUACUACUGUUAAGACUUGGUGGAUGAGUAGAGCAGUGAUCGGUCGAAAAUGUCCCACGCGAAUACGUAGAGCUGGCACCCCGCCAAGCAGUGUACUAACUCAAUAUCUUCAGAGCUAUCAGCAAAACUCGUUCAGAGCAAGCUUAGAGCAAGCAGUGUAAGAACUGAAUAUCUUCAGAGCAGCAAAAACUCGUUCAGAGCAAGCAGUGUAACUCAGCAUCGAAGCACGCUCACGCAUCAGAGAAGCUCCUGUAGUUAGCAUCUCCAAGUUGCGAAUCUUUUUUUGAGUUGUAGGCGUUCUAAUCCUACACUCCGGUUUGCAGAUUGAAGAGCUGAAACUUCUGGCGUGGCAAUUUGGUGAGGACCAACCUGCAGUGGCGACGGAUGACCAUAUGAAUGGUCUAUAGUACUUACUUGCAAAUAGUCCUGCAUAGCUUGAGCUAAGUCAAUGAACGAAAGACUAACAGUUGCAAUUAGUUGAACUUGAAGUUGUCAAUGGGAUUGGGAAACUACCAGUUGUAUGCAAUUGUAGUUGUCAAUGGGAUCAUUGGGAAACUACCAGUUGUAUGUGAUUGUAGUCAGUUUUUCUUUUUCUCUAUGACGUUUUUACUACUUCAAGAAUUAUGGGGUUGGUAUCUAUUUCCGUACUUCUCAUCUCCAUGCUUCUAGGGUUCAUCAUAAACUAACAGUACGCAGUGUUACUCGAUUCUCUUCUAAGAUUCAUCAGCAGGGACCUGGGGAACUGCUCCCAGCUGAGCGAAACUCGCCGAACAUCGUAACUACAAACAACAAAGGCGUUACAACAACUUCUGGUGGCACGAAGCUUGCUCCACCGGGAGGAGCGCCUAAUUAUUCGGCCUCCGGAGGUGGUGUUGGUGUGCAUUCCUCCAGCAAGAACAUGAUACAGCGAGACCUGAACAAUGCCAGCAAGAAUCAAGUCCGCGGACGGAGCGCCGAUGCGCAGGCUGCGGGUGCUACGCAACGCAGCGUGACGCCAUCUUCGUACAAUUUUCGCGGAAAGAAUUGGCUUCCAAGAGCAGGACGAAGCACCAAAAGGGCACAGAUUACGGCUACAAUUUCAACUUCGGCAUCUUCAUCUACUCAUUUCUACAUUGUGAAUGAAAGAAAAAGAAUAUAGAUUCGAGAUUCGUAGCCGCUCUGUGAAAGGCCGCGGAGAAUGCCACUGAUCCCUGGCUGACUCUAGGACGAAGAGUAAGUCUCAGAAGAGCACUGUAAGUAUGAGACUAAGUUGGGUCACUUCGUAGUACCUAAUUUCAGAAAAAACUUCACAGAAGAGUAUCCCUAGUAUCAGAAGAGUGUGUGGCUUUGUCUGGUCUAUACUGUCUUGUCUGCUAGCCCUUAGGACUAGGAGAGCCAUUCGAUCAGUACAGGUUUGGAAUGUCAAAUAUGUGGCGCAAAGUGUCUCUCUAAUCCGCGUGUCGAUCAUCCGGAAGUCACGGACGUCUUUGGAGGUGUCUCUUCUGCAGUGGUUGGCUCCUCUGCAGCGCUAGAUAUAGUUAAGACUCUCAGUUCGUCACCAUCUAGAGGACCAUGAAGCAGCUCGCCAAAGCUGUCCCGUAAGGGAAAAACAGGCUCGGGAUCAAGUAUGCAGCUCUUAGUGUAUGACUAUGAGUGCUGGUUUCGUUGUAGCCUUACUAAAAGGGAAUUUGUUCAAGAUCUUCAAUGGAUUGGGGUGACUUCUUCUAAUAUAGAAGGUUCUGCACCGGUACAGCGAGGCAAAUUUCGAGGCUUCAACAUUCCCAGAACCAAUUUCUUCAAGAAUAAGAAGAAGAUGCCCUCUGACGGCGGACAAGAAUUGGCAUGAUUCACCGUCGUUGAAGGCCGCGAAGCUCGUGAAGUCUCGGUAGUGGAGCACAUGACACUGAUGACGAUGGGACUUGGCUCUUGGGGUAGAGACGGGUGCUGCUGAGGUCUGGGACUGGGUCGUGGAGCACGUACUUGAAGCUGCACGCAAGGUGGUUUUGAUUUGCGUCGUGGACGUGGAAGAACAAUGACAUGAUAGAUAUUGGCAAGAAGAAAUGACAUGAUAGAUACUGGCAAGACUUGCUGUUUUUAGAACAGGAGUAACGCAAGAUGAUAGAAGUAAGUAUUCAGGAAUCGCGAAACGCACCCAGACGGGAGAAGUGACAUGAUAGAUACUGGCAAUCGCUAUAGAUACUUCAAACAGGGGAAAGGCAAGGUUGUCCAGGAAGGAUCAGAGCUGCAAGAAGUGACAUGACAGUACUUGCAAGAAGUGACAUGGCAGUACUUUUCACUUGCAGGCGAGAAAACUGGUCGACAAAGGGUCAAGCAUCAACAAGGUAUGUCAAGACCAUGAUCAAGACCAUGACCGUCGUACUCAAUGGAUACAACUGUGAUGAGGCUCGGCACUGAUCUUCCAAGCAAGCAUGUUUUUAGACGUUUUCUUUGUGCAGAUACAGGAAUCUUGUAUGUGGAUGCGGAAGGGCGUG